AUGAUUGCCAGCACGAACUCGACACGCGAUGAUCAUGGACCAACGUCUAUUGAACAAACUCCAUUCUUCAUUGAUGAUGAAUAUAAACUUCGUAUGGCGAGAGGAGAAGAGGAAGAAGAAGAUAAGCCAGAUGAUGUGGAUAAUGUUUUUAAUUAUGGUCGCCUUUUAUCGGAUACCAGUAAAAUGUAUCAAUUGAAGAAUUAUUAUGCUGGGGCAUCAAAUGGAUUCGUAAGAGUUUAUACGGCGGAGGGACAUAAAUAUUGGUUAGCUCAGGCAAUGACCACUCAUCGCGCACCAGAUUUCAAAGUACAUUUUUCUGUUGACAUCGAUGACGUUCCAAAAGCAUUUGAUAUUCUUGCAAAGCACUUCUUUUUGAGCCGUUGUAAAUUUGGAAUGAAAGCAUACAUGUUGAAAGACUGGAAAGAAAAGCAUUCAUCAGAAAUUCUUGAAUAUAGUGACGAUACGGCUUCAGAGUUGAGUGUGGAAAGAUCAAGUGUAGAAAAUUCAAUACUGUUGAAUGUAAAAUCAGAGGAUCAACCAAGAGUGUCUUCAUUAUCUAUCGAUAGUGGAUGGCCUGAGCACAUGAAAGGACGAGAAAUUACUGUUUAUAUUUAUCGAUAUUAUGAUUUGGAAAAACAGCACACCAUAAGGGAAUAUGGUGAAGGUGGAAUAUUUAAGGAAUAUCCAGUGCAUAUCAAAACAGAACACAAUCCCUACUACAAGUCACACUUUAUGGAAUAUCAACACAUGCAUCCGUUUGAAAUGUUUGAAUUAGAAAAAAAGCAUGAAGAACCACUCAUAUUUUUCCGUAAAUGGAUUCAAGUUGCUGAAGAAUUGUUAGAAAAUGCUGGUGUUAGAAACAACGGAUGCGCCUUUGGAGAUGUACCUCUUGGUGGAAAGUAUGCAUCAUUCAGAAAUGAAACAUUUGUUCCUUUGAAGAGCAGAGGAAAAGAAUUAUUAUUGAACCAAAAAGAAUUCCAAACUGUUAGUGUGGAUGAUUAUUUUAUGUAUCCACCAAAUGACUGUGGUUGGAAUGCAAGCGGUAAUGAUGAUGCCCCAUUGGUGUAUGAAGCUCUUCGUUUCAAUGAAGUGAGACUCUAUGACUAUAAGAAAUGGUUUGGCAUUCAAGAGGAUCAAGACUAG